UUGAUCGGACGAAUCAAUUUUGAUAGGACCGCAGGCAACAUGAAUGACACCUGUGUUGCUCACUUCCGCUCUUCCAGCCCUCAUUAGAGCCACCGUUGCUCCCAGCAUCUCGUAGAUCUGGACUGAGUAGACGAACCACCCGCAAGAAGAAGAGGCAAAAGUAAUUGACAAUUGUUUGCCAGCGUGCAGAGGCGAAGAUAAGAUAAAGUGAGUGCACCGGUCAGACCCAAUAGCACUGAUUUUAGCAUUAUAAAAAGGCCACCGAGAUUGUGGUUCGAGCCACAAGACCCUGUGGCCGCCCGCGCUGUGUUGUGUGAGAAAACCAUCGAGAACGCCAAAUUUGCAAACAUUCAUUCCACCAUGAAAGGACUGGCCGUGGUUGCAGCGCUGUUGUUGUUCGGUUGUCUGGUUGCGAGCCAAAGCAACAACUUCUACUGGGGUGUCCGUGAUCCGCGCGAUGUCCUACUUAACCGCACCAUUGCCGUCCGGUCCGGUACGAUCCUUCAGGUUAAGUCCAUCGAUCUGGUGUACCCGCUGAAGGGCCAGCAAGGACGCAACAUCUCCGCAAUUACCGUGCUCGAUCAGUACAUCAAUGGGAAGGGAGGGUACGCGAGUUUGUAUGCCGGUGGAGUUGGCUUUAAUUACACGACAAUUCACCUGAAAUCGCAGCGUGGCCAGGGAUACAACUUUAUCGUCGAAAUUUAUGGCCGAUAGAGUAUCGCUAGCGCUCGUUAUCGCGCCCGUUUGUUAUUGUGUACGCUGAAUCAGUGAAAUAAACGAUUGUCGAAGGAAA